AUGCCACACGGAGGUCGCGAGCAGUCGCCGCGCUCCUCCAAGCUCGGCCCGGCGGGGCGGGGGAGGGUUUUUAAGAACUCUCGCCUGCGCCCCACCGAAACCAGGACGCUGCACGUGGCGAUACAAGGGUUCGUCGCCAGUGCCACGCCGACCCCAUCAGCCACCGGAGGUGCGGGGGAGGAAUUCUUCCCCCCGCCCCCCUCGAUACCCGACACCCCGGCGUCGCCCUCGCCUCCGCUGCGCACGGCCCCACCUGCGUGGCCGACCGCGACGCCGGAACCAAUGGACGUGGUGCCGACCACCGCCACUCCGGACGCGGGUGUCACACACCCGACCACCGUCACUCGUGACGCCGGUGCGACACACCCGCCGUCCGCAAUACCGCGGCCGACUCCACGGCCGCAUACUGACACCGAUGCGGCGCAACCUGCCGCCACCGCAGCCGCCGCUCCACGCGCCACCGCUCCUCGCGCCCCCGCCCCCGCACUACCCGCGGGACAGAAGCCGAGGAAGCCGCAGCCCGCCGCGGCCCCGCCGCGCCCCCAACGGCCUCAGAAGAAGCCGACCGCAAUGGCGCCAGCUGCGCCCAUGCGCCCAGCGCCCCCCAGCGCCGCGCCCCCACGCGCAGCGCCUAUGUAUCGCGCGCCCCCGGCCAACAUCGCACCGGGGCGCUUCCCUUCGCCGCCGAAGAUGCCGGCGGACAAGAGAAAGGCGGUUUUCAUCACUCCGCCCUUCCGCCCACCGCCCAUCCUGCCACCAUUCGCUCCACCGCUGCACGGCGCUGCGCCCGUAGCCACGUACGCAGCCGCCGCCGCCGCUACCGCCACCGGAACGCCCGCCCCAGCCGCGCCCCCGACACCGAAGCCGCGCUCGCCCACGACACCGUGCGCCCCCCCGCCCAAGAAGACGCGUUACCCGCCGCUCAUAGUGGAGAAGCUCCCCAACUGGGUCGAGCACUUCACGGCCCUGAAGCGGCGGCUUGGACACGCGCCCAACGCGCGCCCCUUUGGAAAGGGGGUGCGCUUCACGCCCCGCUCCGACGAGGAGUACCGGGCGAUCCAGGCCUACCUGGCUGAACUGGAGAAACACCAGGGAAUCGCCUGGUUCUCGUACUCCCUCCCCGCGGAGCGAAGCGUCAAGGUGGCCAUACGCGGGCUACCGGUUGACACCCCGCCGGAGGCGAUCAUGGAGGCGCUGCAGGACGCCGGCUACGGCGCGGAAUACGUCCGCCCCAUCCGCGCGCGCCAGGGACGACCUGGGUGUUUAUACUACGCCCAGGUAGCGCGCGCAGAAAACACCAUCCCGGGCAUCUACGGGGUAACAGAGCUACUCUGUAUGCCCGGGAUCAAGAUUGAAGCGUGGCGCGGGAAAAAGGGCCCCGCACAAUGCCACAGAUGCCAGCAAUUCCGGCACUCGUCACACAAUUGCCACCGGCCAAUGGCCUGUGUGCGGUGCGGCGAGGACCACCCGGCAAGCGAGUGCCCCCGCCCUAAGGAGGAGCCGCCCACCUGCGCGAAUUGCGGCGGCGCACACACGGCGAAUAACACGUCGUGUCCCGUGUUCCGCCGCGAGACGCGCAACCCGAGGGCAGGCACUGUGGCGCGCACAGCCGCCGCCCCCACCGCCAAACCAGCAGCCGUACAGCCAAGGGGCGAACACAACGCCCCUGGCUCUCUAAUGGCCGCGGCAAACGAGCCGGGAGGCGAGCGACGCAAGAGGCGCAGGCGCAAGAAGGCGCCCCCGCCAACCGCCGCCGCCCCCAAGCCCGCUGCUGCUCCCGCCGGCGCCCCCCGCGCCCCCGCUGCCGCCCCCGCUGCUGCUCCCACCGGCGCCACCCGCGCCCCCGCUGCCACCACCACCACUGCCACCUCCGCUGCCACCGCUGCGCGCCCGGCGAGGCGCACGGCUGCGCCACGGCCGGCAACACAGCCGACCCCUGCGCAGUCCGCCCGCACACUCACCAUCAACGACGUCGUCCGGAUCCUGCAGGAGAUCACGCAAUCAAGUCUCUGA